AUGAAAGACUUCGAUAUUGACUUAACGGAGAUAUUCUUCAGAAUUGUCGAAGACAUCCAGAAAACAGUUGACAUCAAUGCUCGAGACAAGUUAGGUCGAACAGCCCUACACUAUGCUGUGGCUAACGAGUUUAAACUACAGAUUCUCCGAUUGCUGACUUCCGGUGCCGACCCGAAUAUGGCCGACGAGGAGGGAUUGACACCUUUACAUUUUAUUUGCCAGAGAAAAGACAAUUGUGACUUUGCGGAGUUGUUCUUCAAAAUGAACAAAAAACUCGAUCAGCAGGUGCAGGUCGACGCCCGGGACAACUUCGUUUUUCCCAACGAGAGUCAUUUCACUGUGAAAUUAGUACGACAUCAACAUGACACGUUGCUCCAUCAUAAAUUGAGAAUGGCGUCCGCUGUUAUGAUCGUCGUCGAUUGUCUAGAGGAGAGAGGAUACCAACUAGACCGAAGUGACGCCCUGACGCUCAUGAAAGUUUUCGCCGACUAUGAAUUGUUCGACAAGUCGGCGGAUCUCCAAGCAUGUUUGUAUAAUAACAAAAGAUUCGUGAGAAAAGCGAAAAAGUUGAAGGUAAAUUCGAGUCUGUCGUUCUACGACCUCAUCCAGUUACCACCCGAAGAGGUGGUGAAGCAAUCCUCUUAUUUGGAAAUCAACCUGAUAGCACCCUGGAUGCAUUGGUGGAAAUUCCCGAAAACACUUGUUGAGGUAACAAUAGCAUUAGUGUUGAUAGCAUUGCUGGCGCUGGCCAGCGGCGCCGACGUCCCGGACAAGUUUCAAGAUGACGACGACCUCGUGGCCGCGGCCUCGUCGUCCUCGUCGGCCACGACGUCCCUUCCACCGCCGCCGCCGCCCGUCAAGCUCGAUAAGAAUCUCCGCCGGGCACUGCUCAAGGCCCUGGUGGACCUGGAGGCCGAGUCGGCCGAGCAGAACAGCGCCGGCUCGACGGCCAACGGCAACGGCAACGGCAACCUAGGCGGCGGCUUCGAUUUUGACGCCGCCACCGACAAGUACGACUUCCUCGAGAUCUCCAAGCAGAAGGUCGCGAGCUACUCGUUCGAUGCCGGAUUCCCCAGCGACGAGGACCUGCCCAGCGAGGACAAGCUCCAGAACUCGAGCUUCGUCGAGAGCGACAAGCUCGACCUGGCCAAGGACGAGCACCUCGACUCCGUUAAGGACUUUGGCAAGAAGACGCAACCGCCCAAGGAUUACACCAAAGGCGUUCAGGUGCAUCACGUAAUACCAUCGAUCAUUGACAAAGCCACGGCCAUCUACGAGACGAAAUCGGAGCUGCUGGAUGCCGUCGAGUCGCGCUCGGGUCUGAGCUCCGCCUCGUCGUCGCCGGCACCCACAACGACGAAAUCCGAGCCGACGACAACGGCCCCGACGACCAAGACAACGAAUUCCAGCGCGUCCGAUGGUAAAUCGAGCUUGAUCCAGAAGAGCGUGAGUCUGAGCCCGAUCACCAAGACCGAGACGCUGCAGCUGAGCGCGAGCGGCAAUCUGGCCUCGGCGGCCGCCAACUCGCUGGUCGCGCCACGGCCCACGGCGACUCCGCUCAACGUGAGCAGCAGCAGCGUCACCCCGGCUGUGAGGCUGCACAGCAGCAGCAGCAACGACGAGGAAGUGAAGAUCUUCCAGGCGCCCUUGGUGGCGGCCUUCACCGUGCAGCAGGACGAGCGGGGCAUACCCAAGAGCGUGGUGCCGCUCUACAAGGCCGCUCCGGCGGGCGCGAAAGGCGGCCAGGCCCAGCAGCAGCCGCUCAGCCUUCAGGAGCAGCUGGAGUUCAAGCAGCGGCUGCUCGAGAAGCAGCUGGCCGAGCUGCAGGUGCGGCAGCAGCAACAGACGCAGUUCCUGCUGAGGCAGCGCCAGGCCUACGAGGAGCAGUUCCGACAGAAGCAGCAGCAGCAGCUGUUCCUUCAGGAGCAGGCGAGGCUGAAGCUGCUACUGGAGCAGGAGCAGCAGCAGCGACUCUUGCAGCAACAGCAACAGCAGCAACAGCAGCAACAACAGCAGCAGCAGCAACAGCAGCGGCUUCAGCAGCAGCAACAACAACAGCAGCAACAGCAGCAGCAGUUCACGGUGCAGCAGUUGCCUCUGCCGAGAUUGCCGCAGAACUUCCAAGGAAGCAACAACGUCCAGCCGCCCCAGCAACAGGUGCAGCAGCCGAGCUUCGUCCAACAACAAGUCGUCCAACAGCAGCUGCAGCAACCUCAAUCCAACUUUGUUCAGCAACAACAGCAGCAGAAACAAGCUAACUUUCUUCAACAGCAGAAGCAACAAGCCAAUUUCAUUCAGCAACAAAAGCAACAAGCCAACUUUGUUCAACAACAAAAGCAACAGGUCAAUUUUGCCCAGCAGCAAAAGCAACAGGUCAACUUUGUUCAGCAGCAGAAGCCACAAGCCAAUUUUAUUCCGCAGCAAAACGUGCAAUCGAACUUUGUUCAGCCGGCCAUACCGCAAGGAAAUUUCAUUCCCCAACAAGUUCAGCAGCAGCAGCAGCAGCAGCAGCAACAAGGGCCAUUGAAUGCGCCCUUCAUUCGUCAGCAAGUGCCACCUUUCGUCCAAACGCCAGUGGUGCCGUUUCGCACGACGGUCCAGCUCCAGCCGAGUUUGAGCCUCGAAGUGCCGAGUCUCGCACCAGCCCAACAAUUCCAGCCACGCGACAGUUUCUUCCUUCCCAACAAAAACAACAACGUCAAUAACAAUAACAACGUCAACAACAAUCAAGCUCAGCUGAACAGAUUCAACCGACAAGAAGCCUUCAAUUCCGUGGGUAAUUUUGGCUUCAACAGCUUUCCAACGAACGACGAGAAACUACGCAGCCAACAACAACAGCAGCAACAAUUCGUCCCGAGGAGCAACAAUUUCGGCAGCUUCAACGGCUUCAGACAGCCAGCGAGGCCACAGUUCAGUCAGCAGCAGCAGCAGCAACAGGUGACACCGGCGCGGCAGAUCCAGGAGUUGCUCUAUCAGUCGGGCAUAGCCGGCGAUCUGCAAGGCGCAGGGACGCGCAAUCAGGAGGACAUCAACAUCGUGUCGAAGGUACUGGCCCUGAACGUGGGCUCGCAGCCGCUCAGAACGAGUCUCCUGAAAAAGUGAGCGAUCCGCGCGAACGACGACUGGAUCAAGCUGCGAAUCGCAAUUGUGAAAAUGUAUGCGAGUGUGCACGUGAAAACUAUUGUUAAUUACUCGGGACGUAUUGUUAAAAUGGUGUAUGCGCGAUUAAUCUAAUUCUGUUUAUUUUUUCUUUCGAGCGAACUGUGCUAAACGUUACGUUGAGAGUUUGGGGUACAUAUGUAUAUCUAUAUCUCGCGUAUAGAUAGAUAUCGUACGCACGAAUGUCAUCUUUCUUUAGUAUAACCGAGCCAUAAUAUAUACUUUUAAAUAUAUAAUUACUUGUAUACUCCCCCUCGAUAUUAUGUAAUACACAGUAACGAGAAAAGUCUAUAUUAUUUAACGUUCGAGCGAAAGAAAGUAUUUUUUACUACGAUACAUAAUAUGAUGUACAUAGAGAGAAAGAGAGAUGCGAGAUGGAGAACUCCUGCUUCUACCUGUUUCACUUUCAUUGCAAUGAUAAAUUUCAAUUUUGCGCCAAGUAGAGCCUCGCUCUGCCUUAGAGAGAGAAAGAGAAGAAAAAUUGCCUUUUUACGGCCUGACAGAUCUAUAAUUGAGAAUUAUUAUUUACCCUCCCCGCCUAACUUUCUUCGAAAUGCGUGUAGAAUUUUAAGUUGAUCGUUUAAGCGUUAAGCAAACUGUUGUUGCAACGUAUAAUAAUAAAAUAACGUUUAUAGUCAAAGUGCUCAGUUGGAUGAGAAAAUGCGGCAAUUUAAAUA